AUGGGAUGUAGAGGUCUCUGGAACUUGCGUGUCAAUGGCCACUGGUAUCGCUCCUGCCAGUCAGGAGGACGCAUUAACCCGCCAGAUUACCCCAAUACUUUGAAGACCGUGAAGCAGCUACGUGACACGCCGGACAAGCUCGAUGGGUGGGAGAAAUCCCCGGUCCCCGGUCCGCUUCACUCCAAUUUCGACUGGGUAUACACGGUGGAUCUCGAUGUGGGGACUUUGGCCGUUACGUUCUGGGACGUGGUGGAAGACAAACUGCUACCAGCGACGGUCUGUUUCGAUCUGGCCACUGUAUGUCAGGCCUCAAGCUUGUCCAUCGACGAUCUAGAUGCGCACCCUCGGUACUUCCCCUCUGACCACGUCAACGGUUCCAGUAAACCAAAUCAUGUCUGUAUACCUCUGGGGCAGUUGGAAUUACGCCUUGGCCUGCCGACUCCGUUGAACGAACUCCAGGCCCGAUUCUUCAUCGAUUUUAUCUUCCCAUGGCGCUAUUACAUUGAUGACCCUCAGACCUGGCACUACCAGUCGCCUGUCUUUCCGCUGAUAACUAUAGCCCUGCUACGACUGGCUGCCUGGGAUCUCGAAGUGUCCCCUGAUUGGGAUGUUGACCUUCCGAUAGCCUUCGAUUCCAUUCCCACCUGGAGUUACCCGGAGGACACAAUCUACUGGUUCCACCGAUUCCUCGUCGUCCUCCAUCCCAAUAUCGAGUCCCAGGCCAUGCUCGGCUCAGCGGUAGGGAAAGCUCAGCAAUAUAUCGAAAAUUCAACAUCUCGGGACUCGGAUGUCCGCUUGAUUAUCAUUUCACCCCACCACAUCGCCUUUGCAGAGCUCUCGAACAAUACCGUCUUAUCUACCAGUAAUCUCGCGUUGCUCUCUGAUUUGUCCGCAACUCAUUGCUCUCCUGGCUUCCGCGUCCUCUCCCGGAUCCUGACAUCGGACUGCUGGGGGAAAUCGAAUAUUCACCAAGAGACAUGGCAGUAUCGGGUGCCUCCUGAAAUGCUUCAACUCAUAAUGCAGAAGCUGGAGCCGCGCGAUGCUGUAGCCCUCGCGCAAGCCUCUUUCGUAGCCGAGAUGUGCUACUAUUCCUUCAUAUCUCAAUUCCCGGGCAUGACUGUGCGAAGCUUUCCAUUGCUUAUCCCCUGCUGUGGUAAACGCAGUGGACUCGAAGAACGCGGCAUCAUGUGCACCAAAUGCUACGCCUGGCAACACGCUGAUUGCAUCAACCAAGAAAGUCCGCCUCCCGGUGCCCCACUCAUCUGUUCCAGCUGCCGUAGCGGCGAGUCGUCGCCCGGCCUGAACCCGGGGGGGAUACAAAGGAUCAGUCGUCGGAAAUGGAGACAAGGUUGCCAGGUUGAAAUCAAUGGUUUCCCUAAGCUGCUUCAACCACGGCUUCUCAAACCUGCGCACUUACGACCUGCCCUGCGCUUCCGCGGCAAUAUACCCCCGGUUCCCCCGGAGCUGAUCGAUUACACGAUCCGAUUUAAUGGCACAUUUUCCGGACUAGCUUAUGGCGUGGAUGAUGAAGCCUGA